AUAAGACUUUUUUCCAAAACAUAGUGCCAGUUUUUCCUUCUGGCUAACGUUGGCAUAUCUUGUAUGUGAUCUGGGGAUUUGCAUGCGCGAUUUUUUAAAAAAUUUUUUAUUCGCUCUAGAAAAAGAUUUGCUUUGUAUCUAGAUCCAUGUUUUGGGACAUCUUGAAAAUUGUAAUGUUAAAAAAUGAGCACGUAUUCAGUUGUCCUAGCUCAGGGGUGGCCAACCUGUGGCUCUGGAGCCACAUGCAGCUCCUUGUAUAGGCACCGACUCCAGGGCUGGAGCUACGGAUGCCAACUUUCCAAUGUGUUGGGGGGUGCUCACUGCUCAACCCCUGGCUCUGUCACAGGCCCUGCCCCCACUCCACCCCACCUCCACCCCCUCCCCUGAGCCUGCCAUGCCCUCGCUCCUCCCUCUUCUCCUCCGAGCUUCCUGCACACCAUGAAACAGCUGAUCAGGAGGUGCGGGGAGGGAGGUGUAGGCGCUGAUCGGCGGAACUGCUGGUGGGCAGGGAGUGGGGAGCUGAUGGAGGACUGCUGACGUAUUACUGUGGCUCUUUGACAAUGUAUAUUGGUAAAUUCUGGUUCCUUCUCAGGCUCAGGUUGGUCACCCCAUCCUAGCUAGUAAAACAAUCAACACCAGACCUUUCAGGUUGUUAGAGAUCUUCUGUGUAAGCAAUAUUUUAACAAGGGGCUCCCACAAUGUUUGUGUCUUAGUCUGUGACAAAUCCCCUGAUUUGAGCUAUGUAUGAUCACAAAGAAAAUGGACACUGCAUUCUCUUUGCUUCUUUUUCCCAUUUUAAGCAAAAGUGCUUUUAUAACCAUAACAAAAGGAGGCAACAACACUUAGCUAACAAGCUUGUUAAGCUGCACUUUGCUAGAAGUCAAGUAUCAGAGGGUAGCCGUGUUAGUCUGUAUCCACAAAAACAACAAGGAAUCCGGUAGCACCUUAAAGACUAACAGAUUUAUUUGGGCAUAAGCUUUCAUGGGUAAAAAACCAUUUCUUCAGUUGCACCUGAAGAAGUGGUUUUUUACCCACGAAAGCUUAUGCCCAAAUCUGUUAGUCUUUAAGGUGCUACUGGACUCCUCGUUUUUGCUAGAAGUGUUUAUACUUUGCUGGGCAAAAUUAUAGUGAGAAUACAGCUGGCUGGAAAAUGAAAGGGGGAGUCUAGUUUUUCUCCCAGCAUCUUUAAAUUUUCCAUUCAGGUCUAACUAGCAAUAUAUAUAGUCCAGUGCUUAUCAUGUGCCAUAUGACUUUUCUGUGUGUGUCUUUUGAGAAGGAGGUCAGUUUUGGGGAUAUGUAUCUCUGGGAAAUUAAUUUAAAAAUACAUUACAUUUAGUGGAGUCAAAAGCAAAAAAUGCCUCUAAGAAAAAUAUUUUUAUGAGAGCUAGUUAUAAGUAAUCUCUGCCAGAGAUUUGUAGUAGUAUCCAGAGAGGGCUGAUUUCAUCCCAACAUUUCCUUCACUUCAAUUUGCUGAUGACCAUUUGAGGGACCCUUCCAGUGCAACUCAUAUUUUAGUAAUUAAGUCUGAUUCCGCUGGCUUUUGUGAGGAGAGAAAAAGCAGAUUUGUUUAAGAGUUAAAUGAAAUAAUGCGAUAUAUGUCAAACCACAGUAUCACUUCCCAGCAGGUACAAGGUCUGACUUGGGCCAUGGGAAGUGAGGGUUGUGAUGUGAGUGCUGCAGAUACCAAGCCAGUGCAUAGGAAGUGGGGGCUGAUUGAAAGUACCGAGUUUUAAAUAAAUAUUUCUGAAUGUGCCCCAAGCAAUUAAUUAUUUCCUGCUUUUAAGGUAUGAUACUCUUAAUUUGACAUGAUGUGCUAAAUUUUCAGCAUGGAUCUAAUUACCCACAAAAUGUGUGGAUGUGAGGAGAGAAAAUCUGUAUGUUCGAGUAUAUCUUACUGCCGCCUCUUAUCUAAAGACAGGAUUUUUACAUGUACCAAUGGCUGGGACAACACGUUCAGUGGGCCUCUUUUUGCUGGCCUGCUGAAAAUUUGGUCUGAUGAGUAUUUGUGCCCUGUUUGUGUAAUUGAUGGUACUCUUCAUGAGAACUAAAGCCUAUUGUCGUGGGGAGAUUCCAUGAUGGGUCAUUAUAUGCUGCCUGCCUAAAAUCUCCCCUGUAGUUUCCAUUAGAGAUAGUUUAGUUUAUUUUAAAUACAGCCCUUCUGGAGUUCAGUAGUCCCUGUCCUGGAGGUGGAAAUUCAGACAGAUCUAUUGCACUUGUCCUGGCUGUGAAUCACACAUUUCUUCAAUCCUUUCUGGGAUUGCAAGUUUCAUUUUAAGAGGGGAGAGCACUUAUGCUGCUCGCUUGGGAGUGGGGGUGAGGUGGUCUAACGUGCAUCAGUAUCUUUUUCUUUCCUCGCCCUUAGCUGAAGUCAGGUUUGCAGGCUCCUGCAGCAGACACUCCAGGCUGUUUGCACGGAACUAUUCAACUCCAAACCAGGCUUCCCCAUCCGGACUACAUCUCCCAGAACCCCUUGCGAUGUCAACCCAUGCAGCCUCCCCUCCCAGCUGGCUGCUAUCGGAAGUAGUCCGCCCAGCAGCCUCAGGAAGAGGCGCUCCACAGAGAUGCCUCUGCUGAUUAACGGGGAGCGGAUCGACCUGGCCCAGCCCCCGGGGGAGGUGGUCCGCACCUACCCGCACCUGGAGGAGAAAACAAGAGUUCUAAGAGGCCAACCAGCUCAAACAGUGGGACCCAAAGGACUUCUGUAUAUCCAACAAAGAGAGUUUGCAGUGACCACCCCUAAAGAUGGUUCCGUGUCCAUUCUUGGGUCUGAUGAUGCAACUACCUGCCACCUGGUGGUGCUCAGACAUACAGGGAGUGGGGCUACCUGCUUGACACACUGUGAUGGAUCAAACACGCAAGCCGAGGUGUCGCUGAUUAUGAGUGCAGUAAAAUCGUUCUCUAAUGACACAGAAUGUGGAAGGCUGGAAGUUCACCUAGUCGGAGGUUUCAAUGAUGAUAGGCAGUUAUCACAAAAACUUACUAAUCAGCUUCUUAGAGCAUUUGAUCUCCAGCAAGAUGAUGUCCAUAUAGUGACCUUCUGUGUGACAGAAUUAAAUGAUAGGGAGGAAAAGGACAAUCAUUUUCCAGUCAUUUAUGGAAUAGCUGUGAAUGUUAAAACAGCAGAGAUUUUCCAUGCAACUUUUCCAGAUAAGGGACCAGAUGAAGAUUUGCGUUCAGCCCAUAUGUUAACAGGAGCACCAAUGACUAAUAUUUAUGAUGCAAAGACAGAGCAACUUCACAUUGGACCUUACUUCUGGAUGCCUUUCCCACAUGUGGACUUCUGGUUGAACCAGGAUGAUAAACAGAUAUUACAGAAUCUUUCCACAUCGCCUCUGGCUGAACCACCCCACUUUGUUUCCCACCUUAGAUCCACACUGAUGUUUUUAAAAGAGCAUCCCUUUCCUGCUGACUCCCUGUUUCCUAACAGGAAACCUCGACUUUAUAAAAAGACUGAAGAAGGCUUAUGGGAGAGAGUCCAUUUUGAAACGAUUUAACAUUGAGGUAAACACUGAAGGAUGUGUUUUGGAAAAGCACAGCCUUGCCACAAGUGUGGCCACUUUGUUGCAAAAAGCAUUUUUCUGAAUCCAUGUUGGUCACAUCCCCUGCUGUCCCUGACAUCAGACUAGCAUUGUUUAAUGCUUUUCAAAAUAAUAUUUUGUCAGAGGUGCAUUUGUUUGCACUGUUACUCACCUAAGGGAGUGAAUGUUUACUACUAAAGUCCAGUAUUUUCUUGUUUUCAGAUGGUCCUUAAAAUUGUGCCCCCCUUUUUUACUUUUGGUGCUAAUCGGUUGUAUAUUAAUGCCUUGUGCAAAAUUUGCCUAAAGAGAGAUUUAAUAUGCACUUGCCCUUUCAAGAGUGCUUUUCUGAGUUGGGACUAAGUAUCCCCUGAAAUACAAUUUAAAGUACAACAUGUAUACAAACAUAUUCAUUGGUAAGUGGGUUUCUUUGAGAGAGAUUUCUUCUAGACACCCAACCAUUAAGUCCUUGAAUGAAUAGAUUAAAAAAAAUUUUUUUUUUGGUGACAUAGGUGAGAUUUUUCACUAGUUGGAUGGGGGCUUUUCUACACUGAAAGAUGUAAUCAUUAACCCUGUAGGAAUGAUUGCUUAGCAUAAGCCUUGAAAGCAUAUUUGUUAAACAGUGCCAUUUUACCACUGUGGUUAGAGUAAUAUUGUACAGCUCUCCAAUUCUAAAAAUGUCUAGAAUAAUAAAUCUUUAUAUUUACUAAUAAAGAAACUGGAGAUGUCACUCUUCUAUUAAAACAAACAUUAAACUCAACUUUUCACCA